AUGGUUCACUCCACUGCUUCACUUUCCACAUCUCGAGCAUUUUCUAGAAUCUCUGCAAGCAGUACCAUAUGUUUUGGAGAAAUUCAUGUUCCUUGUUGCAGCGAUGUGAUCAGUGGAAGACAGGAUGUCGCACAAUCAGGCAUUCCAGUCGAUCAAACGCCGCGAUUUUCGCUAAUUUCAGAACGGGAUUCGUCCAUAGAGUGCCCAGCAGCUGGUACUCGAAAAGAUGAGAAAAAAGUGAGCGCGUCGAGCAACAGCGAUGAUGAUUUGGAAGAAGGCGAAGUUCUGAGUGAUAACGAAAUAAGGUCGAACUGGAGUGAGCCGCGCACACUAAAUAAGUUAGUCAAUUGGCUUAGUGGUGCAGCUCUGUUGAGUCCAAAAAUUGCCGCAGUGGGUUCAGUUCCUCAAGGCACCGCUAUCAAGGGCGAACAAUUGAGUGCAAACGAUUGA